GAGUUGCUAGUUUCUAGUUUCACACGGAGCUGGGAUCUACAGAAAAUCACAAACAGAGGCAGUCAGGUGACUACAGGAAGCGGAUGAGUAAGAAAAUACACAUUUAGUGAAAGAUUAAAAAAACAACAUUUUUUAAAUUAAAUUGCGCCUAGCAAGGAAAAGAAAAUGCUCUUAGUUCUAACCGAUGAGCAUAAAGAACAUUUGGCAUUCCUUCCGGAGGUUGAUUCUGCAGUUGUAGGGGAAUUUGGAAGAAUCGCAUUGGAGUUUUUAAAGAAAGGAUCCAAUUCUAAAAUAUACGAAGGAGCAGCAACUGUUUUCUUUUUUUCUACAGGAAAGUUAAACGUUGCCGUUGACACUGUGCAGCAUGGAGUGGAGGGGUUAAUGUACCUCCUCAGUGAGAGCUCGAAGCUGAUGAUUUCCGAGGUGGAUUUCCAGGACUCUGUGGUGGUUUUGGGAUUUCCAGAAGAGCUGAAUAAACUCCUGCUUCAGCUUUACUUGGACAACCAGAAGGAGAUCCGGAAUAUCCUCAGUGAACUGGCACCAAACCUGCCUCACUACCAUAAUCUGGAGUGGAGGCUGGAUGUGCAGCUGGCAAGCAGAGCACUGAGACAGCAGAUCAAACCAACUGUGACUUUCAAACUGCACCUUGAGCAAAAUGGAGAGGAGAGUGCUAAAGUGUUACAGACUGACCCCGCAACCCUCUUGCACCUGAUCCAGCAGCUAGAACAGGCACUGGGGGAGAUGAAAACCACUCACUGCCGGAGGAUCGUGCGCAAUAUCAAAUAGCAUCAACGAGUAAGGAAGCACUUCUGGACCAUUCCUUCACACUUGCAGUACUAUAAAUACUGUAUACUGUAAUUUCACAGGAAUUCAGAACAAAAUCAGAGUAGCUCCUUUAGUUUUUUAUUCCGGGCAAAUUAAAGAACAGGUCAGGUGCUGAUAACUAUCCCAGCAGUACUUUCUGUACGCUCAGUGCCUGGGUUGUAGUAUUUCCAGUCCGCACACAAGCAGCGAUUGUAUUGAAGUUCAGCAGAUCAGGUGUUUAAAUACAGAACUGCAAUGCCUUAUUUUUAUGUAAGUAGUUGAUUGAUAUUUUAUGUGAAGCACAACCCAUAUUUGGAACCAUCAGUGUAAAACAAACAAGCUAGCAAAAUAAUAAUAAAAAAAAUCUGCUUGGCUUAAAUAUUCCAUUUAGAAUUUCAUUUUCCUUCAAAUGUAUUAUUGGUUAAAUCCCCACUUUAGUUCUGAAUUUAAAUGCCUUGUAUUCUAGCAGAAUUUUAAUAAUAUCACAUUGUUACCAAACUUUCAGACAACCUUAACGAUUGCUCUAGUGUACGGAAAGCGCUAAAUUCACGCACAGUAAGCUGUAAAGUACUUCACAUGUGAAUGAUAAUUGUCAAGUAAGGAUGUCCUGUUUUAAUAUUCAUAUUUCAUGCUUUUCUGUUUCUGUAACCGUUUGACUCCAUGUAUGAGAGCUGCUCUGCUUCUGUAGCCAACAGCGUGCUGAUGGGCAACCUUGGUACAGCUCCUGAAGUGUUUCCUUCUUCAAAGAUCUGGAUGUAUAAUUCAAUAUAUUUACAGUGUGGUGAUUUUAUCUUGUUUCAAAUGGAGACCAUAAUCUUGCUGAACCAGUAAAUCUUAGUAUGGGUUUAAACACCAGCACAUACCAUCGGACACUGCAGAUUUGUAAUGCAGUAUGAUCUGUACUGUUUGUAAAGACUGUAGGGUGACUAUAUGGCUGAGAUGAAAGUCCUCUGAAUUGUUCAACUUAGAGCCAAAAGGUCAUCGUAUCUAGAAAAUGUCGCAACACUACAGUAUGUUUGAAUGAGACUUUACACACUGGGGCUACUCGACAUCACGAUUUCACUAUAACAUGAAGUCGGAAAUCAAAGACUGCAUCGUAACGCUUAUAUACUGUGCAGUGUCCUUCAUAACGGUGUCAUCACAGAACUCUGUACAAUAAAAAUGUGUCAUAAUCUGA